AUGUCUGGAAAGCAGUGGUGCACUGUUUGCUGGGUUCCUGACAAACGAGAUCGAGAUCCUCCUUCCUCAAAGCGCAGUUCAUUGGACUUUGAGUCUAAGGCUGCUUUUGCAGCGCGCUUAAUAUCACAAAAAUGCUUCACUUCAGAGACUGAAGCUGCAAAAAGAAGAGUCCCAGGAGUAGCGUCUACCGGCGGACGCGAACCUCGGAAGCACAACUCAUACUCGAAGCAGAUGACCGGACCUAUCUAUACUUUUCCACUGAAAAGGUUGCAGUGCUAUCAGCAACUUGCACCUAGGACCUUGGAGCAGAAGUAG